AUCAGCGGAUCUGGGCUCGACGGGGCUGCCCCACGGCGCAGAUUCUUAUACAUUUCGCAACAGGCUGCUUCGAUAUAUUUGCGGAAUUUGGAGUCGCUGCGGAACGGAUUUGCGGACGGAAGGAAGGAAGCAAGCGCGACAGGGAUUGGAGGAUUGAUUGGAAAGAGGAGGAGUGGUGCUGCGGGAUUCGAAGGCUCGGGAUCGAGGAGGAUUAGGUGCGGAGCUAUGGCGGCAAUGAACCAGUUGCUGCUGUGCGGAAAUCACACGGCGAUUCAGCCGACGAGAUGGCAACCGCAAUCUCUCAGGGGGACGCAACUGGGCGAUGUGACGAUGGUCAGAAUAGCGCCCGCAGCCGGGGCCAGGGCGUCGAGGAGCGUCAGCGUCAGGAGCUUGUUCGGGAAGAAGCAGGAUAGCGACGACGACGCCAAAAAGGCCGGGCUGUUCGGAAAUCUGCAGGGUUUGUACGAUACCGUCAGGAAAGCGCAACAGGUGGUGCAAGUCGAGGCUGUGAAAGUGCAGAAGGAGCUGGCAGCUGCCGAGUUCGAUGGCUACUGUGAAGGCGAGCUCAUCAAAGUCACGCUGUCGGGCAACCAAGAACCUGUGAGGGUAGAGGUUUUGGAAGCUGCAAUGGACGUCGGGGCCGAAAGGCUCGCAGAGUUGAUAAAUGAGGCAUACAAAGAUGCUCACACCAAGAGUGUACUGGCCAUGAAGGAGCGCAUGAAGGGUUUAGCAGAAAGCCUCGGAAUGCCCCCUGGAAUCGGCGGUGGCGGAAUGCCAGGAAUGUAGGUUUGUCAUUAGCUCAUUUCAGCCUCGUGUCGAGUAUGCGUGUUCUUGCAGCUUGUGCAGUAUUAUGGAGAGAUGAAACAAGAUUAUGUAGGGUUCGUGUAUGAUUUCGACUGUAAAGAUUUUUCGAAACUCAUACCUCACGUUGUAGAGCAUCUCUGGGAUCGGGGAUUUCAUCUUUGAUUGAGAAUCUGGUCCCUCUUGAUUAAGAAAAUUUUGCACUGCGGAGUGUUAUGACGACAUUCUCCUCUCCGCUCUGCUCUGGGUUUGCAGUAAAAAUUGUUGUCCUAAGGAGUCAUUCUUUAAGUCAACGGAUUAAAGUUGCG